AUGUGUAUAUACUGUAAUCGGCGCUGCAGGUACAGCGACAGACAGAGGAUACAGCGUUCCGUCCCAGUCGGGGAACACCAUCUCCCAAACCCCGGAGAUAUUCAAUUUCUCCCUAAAAUGUCUGGUGGAGGAGAAGUCCGUGUGCUCCGCCAGGAGGCUGGGCAGGAGAGCCCGAGGAUGCCGGCCUGGAAACGAGAGAUUCUCGAGCGGAGGAAAGCAAAGGGCGGCGCGUCUGGAGCAGGUGCAGCUGAGCCUUGCCCAGGCACGACCUCAUCGCGGGUUAAUGGCGAAGUAACGGGAAACAGCAGCGCCCCAAAAACAGACAAUGGAACCAGCGCUAAUUCAGGUCGGAACUACACCAUCACUCCAGCGAGCCAGCAUUUUGCAGGCAAGCGUGGCAGCGCCCCCACCUCCCCAGAGCUCUCGCCGGGGAAAACAAACAAAGACCCCUGGACUGCCACCGACCCUUAUGACUCGGAGAAAACUGUAAGUGAUGGCGAGGGACAGGAAAGCCUGGUUCUGCAGGACAGUCUAGGCCCAUUGCAGGAGAACCCCUUUAUCAAACUGGAGAAGGAGCGAAAGAAACAACAGGACAGGGAGAGCGCCACUCGUCCGGUUCAGCACAUACUGGAAUUGUAUGGCAGUGUUCCUGGAAUUCGGACUAUACGCGCUGAGAAUAUCAUUAUCAUAGAAUCCGAUCCGGAUUACUUUCCGGAGGCGAGUGGAAUAAAAAGCGAGUCUUAUCUGCAGCAGAAUGGGUUGAGCAGUUACAGCUCCCUCAACGACCUCUUGGACCGGAGAGGCAGUGGGGUUACCGAGAUACGGGCGAAGGAGGUGGUCAUUUAUGACACCGCACUAAGCCGGAGCGAGGAGAAUUUGAGCACGCUGGGUCGUCCUGGUCACGAGGCCGCAUUCGAGACAGGAGAGGGUCAUGGUAGGGUGAGCCGAAUGCUGCAGAAAUUCGACAGCAACUACGGAAAACUGCAACCCAAGUCUCGCAGCACAGAGAACCUCCUGGACUUGGAGACCAGUUCAAGCAGGCCAAGACAACGACCCAAGCCACAGCCAGAUCUGGUGCCAAAAUACAAGUCACAAGCCCAGCCUAGCUCACCAGUCCGCACCCUAGGCAACACACAGUUGUCAUCCUCAGUCUUCCAGAGCUCCCAGUCUUCCAAACCAAAGCCACAGCCCCCUCUCUGUGAGCCUGACAGCACCACGCGCUCUGCCGGACCCUCUCAGUCAGUGUCUUCCUACCGCCAGCAUUUUGAGGUGAGUGGGGGCCACAGUUCAGUGUUCAACCCCAGAGAGGAGGCAGAGGGGUCCCAGACCAAGCCUUUCCGAGAGAGAGACUGGGAGAGCACAGAGGUGCCCUCCAAACCCAAGGUGCCAUUCUCUCCAGAGACCAGCCGUGCCGAGUCACCCGCCAGUCCCACCACGCCCCCGAUGUCUCCCCCAUCGCCUGGAUUCGAGAUCCGCCCCUCACCCCGCCCUGAUCUCUCUCUGCUGCCUGUCGGGGACAUUCAGGCCCGUGCCCUUGCCAACCUGCGUCUCCAGUCCCGCAACUCCUUCACAGUCUUCCCCAAACGCCACAGGUCCGCCUCCUCCCCGGGCAGCACGGCCCCCUCCAGCCCCAUCAAGUCUCCUCCCUCCCAGAGAGUGGCAGAGAUGCCCACUCCAGGAGUGCCAACCCCUGUCACCCUUCCACCCACCCCAGCAGCCUCCAAGAGGAAAGAGGAAGAACGGGAGGAGGUGAGGGCAGCCAGGCCAACCAAACCAGACCCACCUCCACCCACCAUCACCACGACCCCCUCCCCUCCACCCCCAGUACCCUUCCCAGUCCCCUCUGUCCAGUCGCCUCCUCCAGAGGAAGCCCCUGCUGACCAGCUACCUGUCACCAACAUAGAUGACAUAGACGUGGACCCCUUGCAGCCUGUUGCCCCCAGCCCCACUCCAGUGGUGCAGAGGCGGAAGGGGAAUACCUUCACUGUGGUGCCUAAACGUAAGUCAGAGCCCCAGGAGCCCUCCGGAGGGGCCCAGUCAUCCUCCACGCCACCCCAGGCCCCCUACGCCCAGUUGGGCUCACUGCUGAAAAAGCGCUACCCUGCCGUGGAGGAUAUCGAGGUCCUCGGGGGGUACCAGUCCCUGGGACGCUCCUGCCUGACCAAGACAGGCUCCACUGGCAAAAAGGUGAGACAUGAUGCCAAACAGCGGACUUAUGUUAUACAUAAAGUGAACAUCAACAGAGCCCUUUUUACACUGAUUAUGUAACACUCAUUAUUUAAAUUCUCAGUUCAAGCUUUGUCAUUUAGUAUAAUUAAACAAAUUGUGUGGGUGCAUGCGUAUGAAUGGACUAGGCUAAGCUUCUAAUUUAGGGCUGUCCAUCUCAUUACGGUAUGCCUCCGUAGAUUAUAUUGUUUAGUGUUUGUGUGGCACUUGUAUUUAGUUUUGGUUGGUAUUAGUGUAUUAGUGUUUUGGUUGGACCACUGUCCCGCAAAAGCAUGUUAUUUGUUUUCUAGUGCUUUAUUGGGUUAGUCUGUGCUUGAAGCAUACAUAUCUCAUCAAGCUGUUACUUGAUCCCCAGGAUUUUACUUGGAAAACCCACCUCUCUAAAUUAUGGGACUGAAUGGGCCUUCUAUUAUAGUCCGGUUUACCCCUGGAUCCUAGUCUAACUAAGUAGGCCUGUUUUAUCUGUCCUCGUUUGGUGUCUAGGCCUUUCUUUAAACACAGGUUAAUGUAAGGCCUCAUUCCAAACAGCCCUGUCUCUGUCCCAAAGAAGGAAGGGAUAGAACAGGUCCCGGUUGCUGAAAUGUGCGAUAUUCAACAUGAAAUUCUCCUAACUCUACAGGAUUUAUUGCAUCUUUAGUAGUAAGAUUGAACAAGGCAGAAGCUGCUGUUCAUAGCACCAGCCUUCAACAUGGUUUGCAGCAUGGAGAUGUUGGUGUUGGUGUUUUUGUGACCAGGGUCGGGAUCAAUACCAUUUCCUUUCAUUAAUCAAUACACCCCCCCCCCCCCCCCCCCCCCCCCAGAUGGAGAUCAGUGUUUAUUGGCAUUUACCUGAGAUCUAGGCUACAUACUUGGCAGUGCAGCAGUGUCUCUGUCAUAUCCUAGUCCUUUGGUCUCUAGGUAUUACCAGUCUCCUGCCCUCACUCCUUUCAACCGCAGCUCCAGUCACACCCAACCAGGUCGAGCG